AUGAGGACCGGCUUCGCUUUCGCACUACUAUUUGCCGCUAAGGUCUUUGCCCUCGAGGCGCCGAUUGCAGGUUAUAGCGUCGAGCCUUUCGAAUGGGAGGUUGACUAUCCCGACGGCAUCAGCUUGAUCAACGGCACCCUCGAAGACGUCCAGGCCGAGACAAGCAAGUACCCAGACUUUGCUAUCCGUUCCGACAACACAGUGGCGACAGAUGCCGAGUUGAAGAAACGCACCGAUUUCAGUAACGCAAGAGCCAUUUGCGGAAACUACCCAGAAGCACCUUCUAGACAGAUUAAUAGUAGGAUAAACUAUCUUAGGGGCCUUAGCGGUCGGCCUAGUAAUGGUCCAGGACCCGGCGCUUGUGGAAAGGUUAGCUGUGCAUACAGAAGUGCUAUUUGGUGGUGUAACGACGUAAGCGACUGA